GCUGCGGUUGUCAAGGACUCAGAGGUGGUGCGAUCCGGGCUGGGUGGCCUCUCCUCCCGCGGAUGCCCGGUUUUGGGAUUUCCAGAAGAAGAGAUCAAGGGGGAAUUAUCAAGAAUAGAUUCUUUUUCUGAAUAGUUAAGCUUAAAUGGCCACAGCCUUGGCCCUUCAGACUCCAGAGAUGCAAGAGGGACUUAUGGCAGUGAAAGUAAAAGAGGAAGAGGGGGACCAUGCCUGUGGGCAAGAAGCUGGCCUAUCAAGAGAUAAUAACCCUCAUACCAGAGAGAUCUUUCGUAGACGCUUCAGGCAUUUCUGCUAUCAGGAGACACCUGGGCCACGAGAGGCUCUUCGAAGACUCCAGGAGCUCUGCCGGCAGUGGCUGAGACCAGAGGUGAACACCAAGGAGCAGAUCCUGGAGCUGCUGGUGCUGGAGCAGUUCCUGACCAUCCUGCCCGAGGAGCUCCAGGCCUGGGUGAGAGAGCACUGCCCAGGGAGUGGAGAGGAGGCCGUAACUGUGCUGGAGAAUUUGGAGAGAGAGCUGGAUGAGCCAGGAGAGCAGGUCCUAGCCCAUGAUCAUGAACAGGAAGAGCUUGUGAAGGAGAAAUCAACUCCAGGAGCAGCCCAGGAGUUGUCAAGUGGCCAGCUCCAAACCUCAGAAGAGCAGCGUCGGUAUAACUUCCAAGAGGUGUGCCCGGUUCAGGAGAUUGAUGAUGAGGCUGGAACUUGGAAUGUGGAGUUAGCCCCAAAGAUGGAGCUUUCUAAAGAAAUUAAAUCUCUUGUGGAAGUACCUGGAAAACUGAAUGGUGACAUCAUUCAGAUGCCUGAAUGUGGAGAGACCUGUGACCAUGAGGGCAGACUGGAAAGGCAACGGGUAAGCUCUUCAGUGGAGAGACCCUAUAUCUGUGGUGAAUGUGGAAAAAGCUUCACCCAGAAUUCCAUCCUUAUUGAGCACCAGAGAACACACACAGGUGAGAAGCCCUAUGAGUGUGAUGAGUGUGGGCGGGCCUUCAGCCAGCGUUCAGGCCUGUUCCAGCACCAGAGACUCCACACCGGGGAAAAGCGCUACCAAUGCAACGUUUGUGCUAAAGCCUUCAGCCAGAACGCUGGGCUGUUCCAUCACCUCAGGAUCCACACUGGGGAGAAACCUUACCAGUGCCAGCAGUGCAGUAAGAGCUUUAGUCGACGUUCUGUCCUCAUUAAGCAUCAGAGGAUUCACACUGGAGAAAGAUCUUAUGAAUGUGAAGAAUGUGGCAAGAACUUCAUUUACCACUGCAACCUCAUCCAGCAUCGGAAAGUCCACCCUGUGGCUGAAUCCAGCUAGCUCCUUGAAACAGGCAGGGCAGAAUUUCCUGACAUUAGACCACUAGGCAAAGUGACAAGGGUACUGGUUCUUACUUUGUCCCUGGAAGAACAAAAAUAGUUUAACCCUCUGCAGGAAGCUCCAAGGAAAGCCAGUGAACAUGUCCUUAUUUUUAUGCUGAGAAAAGCAUAAUAAUAUCUCAAAUAUAUCUGUCAGUUUCUCUGUGGUCAGUGACAUGCAUGACUUUGCAAUACUGAAUAUUAUUAUGUUGAUUUCAUCAACAUAGUCUCACACACACUGAUGCAAAAAGUUUUCUAGGUGUACUUCAGGAAAACUUCAUCUUAGUUUAUAAAAACUUUUAAAAAAAAGUUUUAGAAAAUUAUAUGCAGCCUGAAUACUAAAUAGUGUCAAAGGUAGUUCACUGAGUAAAAAUUGAUUUGAAAAUAACUGUAGUAGACUCUGUAGUGUAAACUACUUGACUAUUUUCCAUUCUCAUAAGAUAUGAUAAUUUGCUUUUUAGCCUACAAAGGGGGCAGAUGAAUCCUCCCAUAAAUGUAUGAAAGGCUUGUGCUUACAGAGUUUUAGUAACUCAGCCUCAUGAAUUUUGUGCAAAGAUCAAGAAACUUAACUAAAACUCUGAUAUCUUGGGGCCAGCCCCAUGGCAUAGUGGUUAAGUCUGGCACACUCUGCUUCAGCAGCCCAAGUUGGCAGGUUUGGACCCCGGGCAU